UCACUGAGUCAUUUUAAGGAUUUGUGAACUUCCUAUCAAAAUAUAGUUUUUCUUCAUAGCAAUGCAGUUAAAUUUGUCUAAUUAUUUUUGUGUGGCAGUACCAUUGCUCAUAAAGUGUAUAAUCUCAAAUAUGUUGAUUGCAUAUGCUUGCCUUUACAGAUCUGGGAAAAUGGACAGUGUUUGUUGUGAUUGAAAACCUGGGAAGUGGAGGUAGUGUCAGGCCUAGUCCUACUACUGUUAAUGUAUUUAUAUGGUGUAUUGAAACUUAGACCAUUAAGUGCACUAUACAUAAAUAUUAGUUAAUUAUACUAGUUAAUAAAUUGACUAUUAACUGGGUAUCCUAAGUAGCCUGCCAAGUUUUAAGAGGACAUCAUGAAGAAUCAAAGCAAUCAAAAUGUCAAGUUCACCAAUCAGCAGUGUCAGGCCGACUUCAAUGGCAUCUCCCACUCCAUCAUUACAAGAAUCAUUACUUUUGGGAGCUUCUCCUCUUAGUUUUAUUGGUGAUCAUAAUCAGCCAGAAAGUGAUGUUCCAACAAAAUGCAAUAUUUGCCAUGAAAUUUUUACUCUACCAAAGGUAUUACCUUGUUUUCAUACAUUCUGCCAGCACUGUCUUGAGAAGAUACAGGAAUCUACAGAGAAAAUUAAAUGUCCUCAGUGUCAACAAGAGUGCUCACUUCCUGUUCAAGGUGUUGCAGGGUUGUUAUCAGAUUAUGCUGUGAGCAAUAUUCUGGAAAUGGCUGCAAUAGAAGGCACAUCUCUUUGUUGUACCGGUUGCAAAAGCAAGGAAUCAAAUGCAGUUGCUAGAUGUUUUGACUGUGCCAAUUUUCUAUGUCCAAAUUGUGUGAUGGCUCAUCAGUUCAUGCACUGCUUUGAAGGACAUCAUGUUUUAACAUUGAGUGAACUUCAAAAUAAAGAUGACUUAAAAGUUGAGAAGCCUGUAGCAUGCUUGAGACAUAAGAAUGAAUUGUUGAAAUACUUUUGUAAAACAUGUAACAUUCCAAUUUGUAAAGAAUGUACAAUUCUUGAACAUCCAAAAAGUUUGCAUGAUUAUGAUAAUCUGAUUGAUGUUAGUCAAAAACAGAUUGAACUUAUCAGUCAAAUGAUAGAAGAUAGUAAAUUGAAGACCAAUGAUUUGCGUAAUGCAGCAAAAACUGUAGAACACUUCUCCAGUCGUCUCCAGAUGCAAUAUCAUAAAGCACAAAAUGAGGUCAAUGAAACAUUUCAGUUUUAUCGUUCAAUGUUAGAAGAAAGGAAACAAGAAACACAAAAAGAAUUGGAUAAUAUGUACAAUACCAAAAUUGUUUCUCUAAGUUUAUUGGGCCAAAAAAUUCAAGAAAUGAUAGACAAAAUUCAUCGGAUGUGUGAAUUUGUUGAUAGAAUUACUAAAUUUUCCAGUAACACAGAAAUAUUGGUUUUUAAACAAUUGUUAGAUUCUACUCUACAACAUAUCCUUGCUUUUAAUCCAGAAGUGAAUCUGCAAAGUUUUGAUCUCGAAUUUGUAUCAAAUUAUCAAGCAAUUCAAGUUGGUGUGAGAAAUACAUUUGGCUAUGUUCGCCAUAAUGCUGAAGUAGCCAGUCAUACAUCUAAACCACCACCCAUUGCUAGACCAAAUGGUACAAUUGGUUCAGAACGUACUUAUCAUCAGAAUGGUCAUAUAUUUGAAUCAUCUAUAUUAUCAAAAAGAUUUAAUUCUGCAAACAGCCUUGGCCCUUUUUCCACAAGUCUGACUGAUUUAAGUCCUUAUGAAAAAUGGUCCAGUGGAACUGGAGAUAUAUUUCAAAAUGGAACUACUGAAACAUAUUCUUUAACUGAUCCUCUAAUUGAUAUAUCUCCAAAAUUUAUAUCUACAAAUAUUUAUCCUCUUAAAUCACAAAUAAAAAGGCAGAAAAUGAUUUAUCAUUGUAAAUUUGGAGAAUUUGGAGUUAUGGAAGGUCAAUUUACAGAACCAAGUGGUGUUGCUGUAAAUGCCCAAAAUGAUAUAAUUGUUGCUGAUACAAAUAAUCACCGUAUCCAAAUAUUUGAUAAAGAAGGACGCUUUAAGUUCCAGUUUGGAGAAUGUGGUAAGAGAGAUGGUCAGCUUCUUUAUCCAAAUAGAGUUGCUGUUGUAAAAACAUCUGGAGAUAUAAUAGUGACUGAAAGAAGUCCAACUCAUCAAAUUCAAAUAUAUAAUCAGUACGGACAGUUUGUACGUAAAUUUGGAGCAAAUAUACUCCAGCAUCCUCGUGGUGUCACUGUUGAUAUUAAAGGUCGUAUUAUUGUAGUGGAAUGUAAGGUUAUGAGGGUAAUAAUUUUUGAUCAGAUGGGUAAUGUUCUUCAAAAAUUUGGAUGUUCUAAACAUUUAGAAUUUCCAAAUGGAGUUGUUGUCAAUGAUAAGCAAGAAAUAUUCAUCAGUGAUAAUAGAGCUCACUGUGUAAAAGUUUUUAACUAUGAUGGUUCGUUUCUUAGACAAAUUGGAGGAGAAGGAUUAACUAAUUAUCCUAUUGGAGUAUGCAUAAAUCAGAAUGGAGAAAUAUUAGUUGCUGAUAAUCAUAACAAUUUUAACAUUACCAUUUUUACUCAGGAUGGACAGCUUGUAAAUGCUUUAGAAAGUAAAGUAAAGCAUGCCCAAUGUUUUGAUGUUGCUCUUAUGGAUGAUGGAUCUGUUGUUCUUGCAAGUAAAGAUUACAGAUUAUAUGUGUAUUGCUAUGUUCAAGUACAUGGUAUUGGACCCUGAAAAGUAUCUUCAUAAAUGUUUUGGCUGGAAAAAAAUUUGUUUGCUGCAAUAAAGGCAAUAAUUGAAAAUUUACAACGUUCAAUGUCAUUGGAAUAGAGGUUAGUUUAGUCUUUGGAAGAUGUCUGCAGCAGACUAAUUUUGCUAAUUUCUGUAUCUUCUAUCCUAUAAAAUGGUUAUCAUGGCAUUGGAAAUUUUGAAUGUGAAAGUUAAAUCUACUUGUAUUCACUUUUGAGAGUAAGAUAUUGGUUUUUAUAAGUAAGAAUGUAAAAUGUGACAGACAAGUCAGAGGUCCUGUGCUGCAGCCAGUAUUGUAGGUAGAUUUUACCUGUUGAAAAAGUUGAGAUCACUAGCCUUGAUAACUGUUAUUUCACUCAAUACACUAUCAUUUAAUAUUUAAACCUAUUGAACAAGUUUUUUGAGUGAUUAAUCAAUAUUUACAGAAAGAAGAAUUUUCCUAACUUUCCCUAGUCAAUUACAGUUACAGUUACAAGCUUCCACUAAACUGAAGAGAUUACUUUUGUGUAAAGUUAAUAGAUUUGUUUUUAAUGUGAACUGACUUUUUUAAUAGCAUGCCAAAGAUGCAUAAAUACCAACUGCUGUGAUCAUUAAACCAUGGGGCCACUUGUUAACAAUAGUUGUUGAAUGUCUAGCCAGCAUAAAUGUCCUGCCUUAAAUGCUUGGAGUGCAGCAAACUAUGCCUUUAGACCUGUACUGUCAGGUCUGUUCUUCCAGUACAUCGUGCAGGCAUUUCCCUGUACAUAAAACUUCCAAUUUUAAGUUUAGAAAAGUAUUGGUGCCAAUUUUUUGUUAAUAAUUUAGCUUUGUGUUAUUUAUUUCACUGUUUCUAUCUGUGAAAAUGAGAGUUUAAUCCAGUUGAAUCAUAAUAUGUUAGGAGCAAUCAUGCCACUAGUCUAUUUCAUUUCUUAUAUUGGUUAUUAUAAGUUAUAUUCUUCUGCAAAUAAUAUGUUGAUAUACAUUGUUCAGUUUAAUUUACAAAUUGGCUAAAAAAUUAUAUGCCUUUAUGAUGAAUAUCUAUUUCAAACAAUGAAGAAAUUUCAGGAUCUUCCUGUGUACAAAAUAAAAACACAAGGUAGAUUGAGUUAUUAUAUCUUAAAAUAUGCAUUAAUAUAGUUCUUAAAACUUGCUAAUGUUUUAAGUUUGUGAUGAGAAUUUAAAUAGAAAUUCUUGCAGAAGUGGCAAUAAGCACACAUUAUUCGUCUGCAAUAAUGUCUUAAUUGGCACUCAUUUAAUACCAUUCAUUUGGAUUGGGAGAUGCCAUGCUCAAACCAUUUGCAGACAUUUUGGAAUUCUAUAAUUUUAAACUAAUGUUUAAAAAUAUGCUUGAAAGAUCUGAGCGCAGUCACAUUGUCUUAGACAAAUUGAUUUUAUUUCUAUUAUAUUUGUAAUCUGAUUUGCACAACUAGUUCAAUUUUAUGCAAUCAUUCCUCGGCUUUGAGUAAUCUUUGUUAAAUAUUUGAUACUUUCUAUUGUUAGAUAUGUUUUGUGAUCAAUGUUGUUUUUUUGAUUGCAAUGAUCUUUACUUAUUUAAUGAAUAUUUGAAUUUAUUUUACUGUAACUGUUAAAUUUUUUUUAUCAUGCUUGUAAAAAUUAACCAUCCAUCAUUAUGAAAUAUCCAGUCUUAGCGGCAACAGUACUUCAACGUACAAUGGAUAUUUAAUAUUUAACGUCCAUUUAUUUCUGAAAUAGAAGUAUAAAAGUUUGCAAUUUGAAUUGGUAUCUUUUGGAUGUGAACUUUCAGGAGAGUAUAUUUAUUAUACUUCUGAAGGAAAAUAAUAAGUUAACUAUAAUGUAGUGCUCAAAUUGCUGCAGAACAAGAAUUCUUCUUCACAUAAUGGCAAGCUAUUUUCUGAUAUUAGUUUGUAUUAGUGUUUUUACAUGUAUGUUGGUGGUUACCAAUAAUCUACAGUUAUAACAGUUUUGAACAUUAAUGGCAGAUGUCUUCAACAGACAGCAGUUGUUAUACAAAUUGAGCACAAAUGAAACUGUUGUUUUUGUUCUUUAGUCAGUUAUUAUUUAAUGGGUGGGAUUGGGAGAAUGUGCCAAGAAGUUUUUACAUACUUAAUAUAUCAGGGAAAUGAAUGUUUAUAGGGUUUAUAGUUUGGAGUUUGUUUUAUGGGGGGGAAUGAAUUUCUUAAUGUGAUAUCCAUCUACCUGCUGUCAUAUAAAUAACUCUGCCAUUAAUCUUCAGUUUGUAAAACAUUUUUAAUCCGCUGAAAAAUUGGCAGUGACCAGUUUACAGCAUUUAUUCAAUAUUGCAGAACUUUAAAAGAACAGAAAUGUGGUUUACAAUAUUUAUAAUGUUCCAGUUCAAGUUUUUUUGUUAGUGUUGAUUAUUUUUGUUGAACUCUGCCAACAGAUUGUGAAGUUGUGACUUUGGAGAUCUACUAUUCACAUUGUAUUACCAAACAUAUCUGAACAUGUAGAUUAGAAUAUAGUAUAUGUAAUAGAAAUGGCUUGUGCUAUUAUAGUGUGAAAUGUAAAUGUAGUUGUCUUACAGGUUUUCUCCACUAUGCAAUGUUUAUUCCUUCUAUUUUUUCUCAACGGCUGUCUCCCCUCAUUCUCCCUUUUUCACUUUCCCAAAAAGAGAUGUAUUUUGGCAUGGUGAAAUUUUUUAUAAACCAUGUUGAAAACUAAAAUCUGUUAUUACUUCCAUGUUGGUCAAUAUUUUUAUGCUAUAGUCCAAUCUUUGUGGAGGAAAACCUGUUGAAAUUGUAGUUUUUGUGAGACAAGGUGGCCUUGUCCCAUAUGUUAUUCCAUAUAGUGAGGCUUCAAGUGCCCCAUCUCAUUUAUACAAAAAUUGUGUAAAAAAAAAGAUAAAGUUACAUGCACAAAGCCAUCUGAUUGAGUGACCUGUUUGUGAGAUGCUGUUAGGAUCACAUUCCAAUAGAAUAAAAAUUGCUUAUUCUGCAGUAUUAAUUGGUUUGAGUAUACUUUAUAGAAAGGAUCUUGUGUAGAUCAUAACUGUAUUGCCAUUGGUAGCCCAAAUCAUGGCAGCUCUGCAUUUA